CACAAACAUCCUUCUGUUCUUUUCUCUUCUCUCUGGGACAGUUGCAGCAGCAGAAAGGCACGCAAGAAGAGCCGUUCAUUGUCCCCUCAACUCAACAACUCACCAACACAACCGCCCAACGUCGGAGGGAGAGACCGACACAACCAACCACACCACCCACACCAACGACCCGACCUCUCCUCUGUCUGUCUGUCUGUCCUCUCUGCCUAUUUCAUCAAGCGAAGGAAGAUCCACACACACACGCCUUGUCACUGGUCACUGGUCAGUCAGCUCUCGGUCACGGCAACCGAGUGUGUGUGUGGACUGUAACUGAGACUUCGGCGAGGGAGGGAAGGGAUGCAGUUCAAGGGCGAGCGGAAGUACACGCCCGUGUCCAUACCAGUGGUCAGUCAGCACAACACACACACGUGCGCAGACCAACGACAUGAAGGCUCGCUCGGGCUGUAAGCCUUUCCCUCUCUGUGUGUGUGUCUUGGCUGUCAGGACAUAGAAUGGCGUAACCUAGUCUAUACGGUCAGGAGCAAAGGUGGCGGCAAGGGCGGCGGCGGCCACCAGGGCUAUAAGAAGAAGAAGGCCGUGGAGACGGAGAUCCUUCACGGCAUCAAUGGCUGCGUCAAGAGCGGCGAGUUCGUCGCCGUCAUGGGGCCUUCUGGCAGCGGCAAGACCAGCCUGCUCAACGCACUCUCCUCGCGCACAUCUGUGGGCGUCAGCGGAGACCUCCUGGUAAUGGGCUUUCACACACUGAUGGAUGGAUGGAUCGAGACAAUGGCCGGGGUGGGUGCUCUGCUGUGUGUGUCGGGCAGAUCAACGGUGAGAAUCGGUCCAAGGCUGCCAAGAGGGUCACUGGCUACGUCAUGCAGCGCGACAUGUACGUGUGUGUGCACACACACACACAGAGAGAGAGAGAGAGAUGAUACCCCUGUCUGUCUCUCACACACGGUGCAGAUUCUUCGAGUACCUGACGGUGUUCGACACGCUGCGGUACACCGCCCUGCUGCGGAUGAGCAAGACGCUGACCAAGGAGGAGAAGAUCUCGAGGGUUCGCUCCGUCAUGGAGCAGCUGGGACUCACCAAAUGCUCGUCAACCAUCAUCGUAAGGACUCACACGCACACACACACUCGCACCUGUGUUGAUGGUGCCAACGGUGUGUGUGUGUGUCCAUCAGGGGAACGCCUUCAACCGUGGGAUAUCUGGCGGGGAGCUGAAGCGGCUCAACAUAGCCAACGAGCUGCUCUUCAACCCCUCACUCCUCAUUCUGGGUGCGCUGCACUGCACCACACUCUCGCACACAGACAGACAGACAGGCAGACAGGCAGACACACAGAUGGGCGUCGAAUAUCUGACUGGUUUGCAGACGAGCCGACGUCUGGCCUGGACAGCAGCAGCGCACUGGCGCUCACGUCGACCCUCAAAGAGAUGGCAGAGAAGGCCAGGAGAACGGUACUCCCAAACCAGACCCACACCAAACACACACAAAGCUGCCACCGCACCGUGUGUGUAUGUAUGUGUGUGUGGUGUGGCUGCAGAUCAUAUGUUCGAUUCACCAGCCGUCGAGUCAGAUAUUUGCCCAGUUCGACCGGCUCAUCCUGAUGAUGGGCGGCCACAUCGUCUACCAGGGCGACGCCCAUGCCGCCUACAGCUACUUCAGCUCAAUCGGUACCCUCCCCCCCCCUCCAGCCCUCCCACGCCCCCACCCCACACACACCGACACACACCCUGUAGCAAACCAAACAACCAAGGCGCUUGUGUGUGUGUGUGUGGAUGAGUGCAGGUCACCAGUGCCCCGUCGGCUUCAACAUGGCCGACUACCUGAUGGACCUGCUCAACGAGCCGCAGCUGCAGGACAAGCUCGUCAAGGCGUACGCGCAGCGCUGCACCGUCGACGACGAGGGCCGCUACAGCAUGACGGGGUGCGUGGCCAUCCUCCCCCCCACCGUCAGCACCACCACCAAGCUCGCCCUCACCCCCACAGCUGCGACAACCGACAAGGGCGCGCUCUCCCCAACGAUGGCAUCUUCUGACAAUGACGCCUCCAAGACCUCACACACAGCAGCAGAGGACGACUCAGACCUCAGCAACAAGGUCAGACAGAGCCCCACCCACCUCCACCAUACCGGACUUUCUCUCUGUCUCUCUCUCUGUCCGUGUGUCAGUCAUCCGAGUCGCCCGACCAGGGUGAGGAGCUGGCGGGAAUGGCUGACCCCGAGCCCGCCUCGCCCGUGCGGCGGCGGAAGUCGUCGCAGCACGAUGUCGAGAGGGGGGACGCCCCCGGGUGCUCAUCGCCGAUUUCGGCAGCGUCGCCCCGCACGACCUACACGCGUCAGAAGAGCGUCAAGGAGCUGGUGGAGGAGACCACACAGACACCGCCGUACUGGGAACUGGUGCGCAUUUCCCCCACCCCCCCUCACAUACACACACAGACAGAGAGACAGAGAGAUGUGUCACCUCUCUCUGCGUGUGUGUCCGUCACGGUCAGUGUGCGGUUUUGUGGCAGCGGGCCCUGAAGACAGGUUCAGGCGGCGUGCUGACCAAGCUCAACCUCUUUCAGUGCGUCGCCGUGGCCACCAUCUGCGGGCUGCUCUGGUGGCAGAACCUCACAAGCUACACAGAGGCCAAGCUGCAGGACCGCCUGGGCAUCCUCUUCUUCAUCAAGUAAUCAAGAGCCCCGACCCCACAGCCCACCCACCACUUGCCCCCUCCCUCUGUGUGUGUGUGUGUGUGUGUGUGUGCAGUAUCUAUCACGGCUUCAUCCCCAUGUUCUCGGCCCUCACGACCUUCCCCCCCGAGCGCUCGGUGGUGGCCAAGGAGCGCGCCGCCAAGAGCUACCCCAUCUCCUCCUACUUCUUGGCUCGGUCCUUCAGCGACCUGCCCAUCCAGCUCGUCUACCCGCUGCUCUUCCUGUGCAUCGUGUACCCCAUGGUGGGGAUGCCGUGGACAGCUGCUGACGUGCUGGUAGGUGGGAUGAGGGUGGGAGAGGAGAGGGCGAGAGGGCGGUUGUUGAUGUGUGGACGGACGUGCUGGCUGGUGUGUGUGUGUGUCGUAGGGGACGGUUUGCACGCUGCUGGCCAAUGUGCUGGUGGCUCACUCUUUUGGGCUGCUGGUGUCGGCUCUCUGCAAGGACUUCCAAACAGGUAUGGUGAUGCGUGUGGCGCAAUCAUUGCUUCCUUCCCUCCUCCUGUAUGUGUGUGUGUGGUGAUUGUUUCCUCACCGUCUGUCUGUCUGUCUGUCUGUCUGUGACACUUACACAGGCGCCAUAUCGAUGAGCAUCCUGAUGCUGCUGUUCAUGCUGUCUGGCGGCUACUACGUCGACAAGAACAACAUCCCCCUCUGGAUCUCAUGGGUCUCGCGCAUCUCAUUCAUCGGUCAGCCACACCUUCCCCCCCUCUCCACCCCUCUCCCCCCAACACCCUCUCUCUCUCUCUCUCUGUCUGUCUGUCUGUCUUUCUCUCUCUGUGUGUGUGUGGCAGACUACACCUUCAACGCCCUUCUCGCGUUGAAUUUGGAGCAUCGGCGGCUGUCGUGCGCCGAGCUGUCUAGCUUUGAGGUGUGUUCGGCGCCUGGCGUGAGUGACUUCAGCGGUCGGGAGGUGAUGGACGUGUUCGGCCUUUACCUGACCUUUGGGGAGUGCAUUGCCGUACUCGCAGGUCAGCCACACACACACACACAGAGAGAGAGAGAGAGAGUCAGAGACACACACAUGGACGGGGCUGUGUGUGUGUGUGUGUAUUGUGUAGGUUUCUUCAUCGUGCUGCGGUUCACCACCUACCUGGUGCUGCGGUUCGGCAAGCUCCUCAAGCUAGAAUGAGAAUGAGACACAGGCGAUCCCACUCCCAGAGAGAGAGAGAGAGAGAGGCCUGUUCUGUGGGUCUGUGCGUAACGCUCUGAGAGCUGGUGGAAGGGGUGCAUAUGUGUGUGAAGGGGACAAGGGGACAACUUCCUGAAGUUGUCGUGUGCCGCCUGUCUGUUGUUUGCCGUCGAGUCCCUCUGCUGACGACCUCCGGCCGGGGCAAAACUCUUGGUCCGAAGGUCUCGCGUAGCGGGAUUCGACGGAGACAACCGACAGAGAGCACGAGACAGAUAGAAUGGUUUCGUGUGCCGGCUGGAUCCGGUCCGUCUGUUUGCUCGUGUGGGGUGCGUGUGUGCGUGUGUCUUCAUCUGCUCAGUGGGCGUGUACCAUGGAGGGAUGGAUGGGGUGCAUCGGGAGGGGCCUUCGUUGUUUGUUUUUUGAGGGGCCGAGGGGUUUCUUUCCUUUUCGUUUUCCUUUCGUUUUGUUUGCCGUCUGUUAACGAACGAAGUGCACAUUGUUUUUCUCUGUGCUGCAUUAUCAUGAUGUGACAAAACCGUACCACACACCAAGUCGAUCUUUUCUUACGGACCUCUUUCCGUGUGCGUCUCGUCCUGUCUCCCUUCUCAUACACAGACAGCCAACACACACAACACAACACAACACAACACCAGACAGACAGCCACAUUUGGCGGCCGGCGGGAUGCAUAUUAGUCAGUCAGUCACUUUGAAAAAAUUCGAUUUGCUUACUGCCUGCCUCUCUGCUGUCCGUCCGUGUGAUACAGGGAGAGAGGGGGGCGAGUGCCGUCCGUUGCUUUGCUUUCAUACCGUUCACACCCACAGCCAUCCAUAAAGUGCACUGCACUCAUCGAGUCUCUCCAUCGCUCUCUGCUCUUUUUGCUUGCGCAGAGGGGGAGGACGGACCGAUGAGAUGAGGGCAGACACACACAGGCAGUGCAGUGGAGUGAAGUGGAAGGGUGCACGGUGCACACGGCUCUCUGCGUGCGUGUGCGUGGGUGCCCUUUUCUAGUGGAUGGAUGGAUGGAUGGGGAUGCACAACACACACAGUUGUGUGUGUGCAGACACGACUUCAUACGGACGGGGGAGCGGACACAGAGAGAGAGCGAGCAUAUAGAGGAGAGGCUGGCCGCACCACACACACACAAAGCGGGUGCAGCAGAGAGAGUCAGUGGUGCGAGGGUCCGAUCCCCAGUAGUAGUAAGAGUGAUUUUUAGUGCCUCCCUCGAUGAUUCAUUAACGCUGCGGCCAGCUGAUGUUUGUGUGCACGUGCGUUGCCUCUGCUGUCUGUCUGUCUGUCUCCCCAUGUGUGAGCGUCCUCGCCUUUAAGCGCCUUCCUUGCUCCUUGUCCAUCAUCUCAUCUAGCCUGACCAUGGGUGUUUUGUUGGUUCUUUUCCCGUCUGGCUGCCUACGUCGUCGUCGUCACGUGUGUGUGCGUGUGUGUGUGUGUGUGUGUGUGUGGGGGGGGGGGGGGGGGGGG